CAGUGAAGUGGAAGUAUAAUGAACCAGGAUUCGACAAAAAUAUCUGCGUCAAAACAUGGCCUUGUAGUUUAAUGCGUAUAUCCGUGAAACCUUCAAAUGAAGUGCGUCCUGUGAUGGUACGUGGCCCUUGGAAAAUGCACGGAAGCACCCUGUUUUGAGGACUGGAGUAUCAAUUUUUGAGAAUCGACCGAUAAUGGAUGAGGCACCAGCUGCUCCGGUUUCAACGCCCGUGAAACAAGGCUGGCUCUUCAAAAGGGGCGAGCACAUUAAAAACUGGAGGCCUAGAUACUUUGCGUUGUUCAGCAAUGGCUCACUGUGGGGCUACAAAACGUUGCCCAGCAGUCCCGAGGAAUGGCAACAUCCGCUUAACAAUUUCACGGUGAAGGGAUGUCAAAUCAUGUCGGUGAACAGACCUAAACCCUACACGUUCGUGAUCAGGGGCCUACAAUGGGCAUCCGUCAUCGAAAGGAUGUUCCACGUGGUUUCGGCACACGAGAGGGAGGAAUGGGUAAACGCCAUCAAGUCCGUGUCUGAAAACUUGAGCGGCGAGUGCGAAGACGUCGAAAUGAACAAUUUCGGUGAGAUGGGCACGACAAUGGAGGACCUAUGCGAGGCGUUCAGCCAACAGGGCACAUCCAUUUCGAAAUCUACCGGCAAGAGGAAGAUCACGCUCGAAAGUUUCGAAUUCUUGAAGGUGCUUGGCAAGGGCACCUUCGGUAAGGUGAUCUUGUGCAGGGAUAAAGCCACGAGUCGUUUGUACGCGAUCAAGAUACUGAAGAAGGACGUGAUCAUCCAGAAGGACGAAGUCGCCCACACUCAGACGGAGCAACGUGUCUUGCGCAGCACCAGUCACCCAUUUUUAAUUUCCUUAAAAUACUCAUUUCAAACAAACGACCGGCUCUGCUUUGUGAUGGAAUAUGUAAACGGUGGCGAGUUGUUCUUCCAUCUGUCCAGGGAGCGAGUGUUCUCCGAAGAGAGGACCCGAUUUUAUGGCGCCGAAAUUAUACUUGCUCUUGGCUAUCUGCACAGUCACGGUAUUAUAUAUAGAGACUUAAAACUGGAAAAUCUUUUACUGGAUAAGGACGGUCACAUAAAAAUUGCUGAUUUUGGACUGUGCAAGGAAGGCAUCGCCUAUGGUAGGACGACUAAAACGUUCUGUGGCACCCCAGAGUACUUGGCACCAGAAGUGUUGGAAGACAACGACUAUGGCUGUGCCGUUGACUGGUGGGGUAUCGGGGUGGUCAUGUACGAAAUGAUGUGUGGAAGAUUGCCGUUCUACAAUCGCGACCACGACGUGUUAUUCGCCCUGAUCUUGAUGGAAGAGGUGAAAUUUCCGAAAUCAAUUAGUCCGGAAGCGAAGGAUUUACUCUCAGGCCUACUUAUCAAGGAUCCUACCAAACGAUUGGGUGGCGGACCGGAAGACGCAAGGGAAAUCAUGACACACACCUUUUUCCGAUCUAUUGUCUGGAAGGAUAUGCUUAUGAAACGGGUGCCUCCGCCCUUCAAACCCCAAGUGCUCUCAGACACGGACACCCGCUACUUCGACUCGGAAUUUACGGGUGAGAGCGUGCAACUGACGCCGCCCGACAACACCGGACCGCUCGGCGCGAUACAGGAGGAGCCGAGCUUUUCGCAGUUCAGCUUCGAGGAUUAUUCGUACACGUUAAACGAAGGCAGCUUGGCGCACGCCGCCUCCACGCCGAUGCAGUGACGGUGUCCCGUUGCAGUCGCCGCACAAGUCUGACGCGGGGUAUGUCUAAUUAAUCUGAUUGGUGCAAUUGUGUUGGUCGAGUCAGGUGUACCUUCGUUUAACCUUGUGCCUUUAUGUUUCAGAAAAAUAGGUACUUAAAUCAAAACUAUGGUACGAAAAAAAAAUCAUGAAAAUGCAAAAAAAUGAUGGGAUUGUUAUCAGUUGUUGUGAUAAUAUCUUAUAACUGUUACUUGUAGGAUUAAAUCGCCUUGUAUAUAUUUAUAUUGUAAACAAUUUUAUAAAUGAUUUUUCUUAAUUGAUCUUAUUAAUACAAUACACAUUUUUGCUUUAUAUUUAUUUAUAUUUUGGAGAAUAAUCAUACAACCCAGUAUUUAUAGUAUGCCGCUUGACACUUUCAUUGCGACGAAAAUGCCUUUUAAUGUUUAAUAUAGUUGACAUGUGCCACACAAAAAUGUAGUCUCACUCAGCAUCAGAGCUACAUGUUGUUCUUUUUUGUAAAUAUGCUUCUAUUAUAUUUUAUAGCUUUUUAAUGCACACAUGCUGUGCAUACUCUUGAUGUAAGAAAACGAUUUUUAUACAUUCCUCAUAAGUGGUUCCUUAUAAGUGGUCUGAAUUGUAUAUAACUAUAACUAGUUUAGCUGUAAUGUACAAAUCAUGAGGUCACCAAUUUCAUAAGCCAUGCAUGCUAAUUAUUUUUUAGCGUAUGAUUUUUAAUAGCCAUUAUAUUAAUGGAUAUAAAGUAAAAUUAAUGUUCCUGAGCAGUUAUAACAUAAUCGCAGUGAAGGUGUUAUUUGUAAUUAUUUUUAAAAUAGUUAAUUAAAUAUUAUGCAAAUGUGUAUCAAAUAUCGGAAGAAAGUUAAUGUAUAAUAAUGUUUCUUAAUUUGUUAUAAGUUAAAUAAAUGUUAUUUCAAAUA